AUGAAUAAUUUAAAUUCUGAUAAUAACUGGUGCAGUGCUUAUGUAAGUGAAUAUUUGAAUGCUGAAGAUUCAUCGAUGCCUGUUGAUGUCACUUCAUCGUCUAUUUUAAUUUGUGGUGAUUAUAAUUCAACCUUUUUAACUAAUAUUGGCCAAAGUGUAGCCAGCAAUUUUACUGGAUCACAUUGCUUUACACCGUUAUCGCAAAUUCCGGAUUCUGUUAAUGGUUUCAGUAGUAUACCUAUGAGACAAAUGAUUGCAACAAGCCCAUCCAUCCCUCCAAUUUCGUACCCUUACAAUACAAAAGACUUUUCGGGAGCAUUAUGUACAAGAUUUGCCCAAGACCAAAAUUACUCAUUAAUGUCAUUGGAUACUCAUAAUUUUUUGCCAUCCACAUCAACGCAAUUCACUCUUCCUACGCUAUCUAAUGCAAGUAUGCGUAGAUCUCACGUGGAACAACCGUGCCAAGUUUGCUUAGCAGGAGCGUCUAAUGGAUUACAUUUUGGAGCUAAAACUUGUGCCGCGUGUGCUGCAUUUUUUCGACGUACUGUUAGCGAUAAAAAAAGUUAUAUUUGCAAAAGAUCACAGCGAUGCGAUGUCAAAAUUAAUGACGCUAGCGGUUAUCGAAAAAUUUGUCGAAGUUGUCGAAUGAAGCGUUGUCUUGACAUCGGAAUGUUGCCAGAAAGUGAGCAAUUAUAUUUUUAG